UCUCUCUCUCUCUCUCUAGAAACUCCCGGCCCCCACCUCGCACCAUCUUUCUCUCACCUUUAAAAUACUAAACGCAGAAAAUAACGGCAUAUUCGCCUCGCCCCAUCUCUCUCUCUCUCUUUAUUGUUUCUCUAUCUGUCAAUCUUUUCUCUCGAUUUUCUCGGAGACAAAUCCUCAAAACAACACAACGCAUUAAAUCUAUCUCCAGAACCAAACCGUUCUGUUUUUUUUUUCUCAAGGAUUUUGGAAGAUCCAAAGAUAACCCAUUUCACAACCGAUGUAGUCUGUGUAGAUCUUCACUUUCUCUCUCGCACAUACACAUACUCCCUCUCCCUUAGACUCCUAAUUUUUUUAGCUGCGAAAUGGUGGUGAAGAUGAUGAUAUGGCGCCCAUGGCCACCCCUUGUUUCAAAGAAAUUCGAAGUCAAACUCAUAGUUCGAAGGUUAGAGGGGCUGGGCAGUGAUUUGAUGAAUGAGGGUACAGAGAAGGAGCAUGGACUGGCGGUGGAGAUCAGGUGGAAAGGACCCAAGAUCGCUCUGAGCUCGUUUAGGAGGUCGGUGAAGAGGAACUUUACAAGAGAGGAAAGUGUGAAGGGGGUUGGUUCAAACGGCGUCGUUGAGUGGGAAGAAGAGUUUCAGAGCGUGUGUAAUCUUUCUGGGUACAAAGAGAAUGUGUUUCAUCCCUGGGAGAUUGGAUUUACUGUGUUGAAGGGUUUGAACCUAGGGCCAAAGACCAAAGUUCCUGCUGUAGGGACAGCAUCCUUAAACCUGGCUGAUUUUGCAUGUACAGUAGAGGAGAAAGAAUUUGAAAUUAACAUACCUCUGGCAGUUCCAAACGCAGUUCCAGGCAAUGCAGCUGAGCUUCGUCCCUCACUCUGUAUAUCAAUCUGCUUAAUGGAACUGAUAACUGCUCAAGAACCAACAGAAGCAGUGCAGAGGUCGAUAGCUCCUGUUCAGUCCCCACUGCAAUCAAUCGAAACUUCUUCAAUAGAGAAAGAUGAGCUUUCGGCACUUAAAGCUGGUCUUAGAAAGGUGAAAAUCUUUACAGAAUAUGUCUCAACCCGAAGAGCUAAAAAGGCUUGCCGUGAGGAAGAGGGCAGUGAUGGCAGGUGCUCUGGAAGGAGUGAGGACGGCGAUUAUGCAUACCCCUUUGACUCAGACUCGGUUGAUGAAUUUGAGGAAGGAGAAUCAGAUGAGGGCAAGCAGGACUCUAAUGAUAGGAAGUCAUUCAGUUAUGGGCCUUUGGCUUAUGCAAAUUAUGCAGGAGGGUCAUUUAAUUGCAAUAUGAGAGUCAAAGGUGAGGAUGAGGGCUGGAUUUACUACAGCAACCGCAAAUCAGAUGUGGGUUGCUCACACAUGGAGGACUCGACUUCCUCUAUUGCUGAGCCAUCUUUGUUGCAGAAACGAAGUAUUCUACCUUGGAGGAAGAGGAAGCUAAGUUUCAGAUCUCCUAAAGCCAAAGGAGAGCCGCUUUUAAAAAAGGCCUAUGGAGAAGAAGGAGGAGAUGACAUUGACUACGACCGUCGGCAACUUAGUUCUGACGAAUCUCUUUCUUUUGGGUGGCAUAAGACUGAUGAAGAUUCUAGUGCAAAUCGAUCAUCAGUAUCUGAAUUUGGGGAUGACAAUUUUGCUGUCGGCAGUUGGGAACAGAAAGAAGUAACGAGCCGUGAUGGACAUCUGAAACUUCAAACUGAGGUCUUCUUUGCUUCCAUCGAUCAGCGGAGUGAGCAGGCAGCAGGCGAGAGUGCAUGCACAGCCCUGGUUGCUGUGAUUGCCGAUUGGUUGCAAACCAACCAUGGUCUCAUGCCUAUUAAGUCACAGUUUGACAGUCUGAUCAGAGAAGGCUCAUUGGAGUGGAGGAAGCUCUGUGAAAAUAAAACUUAUAGGGAGCGGUUUCGUGACAAGCACUUUGAUCUGGAAACAGUACUCCAAGCCAAUAUACGUUCUCUUUCUGUUGCUUCUGGGAAGUCCUUUAUCGGGUUUUUUCAUCCAGAUGGGAUGGAGGAGGGGAGAUUUGAUUUUCUGCAUGGGGCCAUGUCCUUUGACAGUAUAUGGGAUGAGAUCAGCCGGGCUGGUUCAGAAUGCCCUGGAAAGGGUGAAACCCAAGUUUAUAUCGUCAGUUGGAAUGACCAUUUUUUUGUCCUCAAGGUUGAUCCAGAAGCUUACUACAUCAUUGACACAUUAGGGGAGAGGCUCUAUGAGGGAUGCAGUCAGGCUUAUAUCUUGAAAUUUGACAGAAAAACGACAAUUUUUAACCUGCCCAAUGCCACAAAAUCUUCAGAAGAAAAACCUGCUGAUGACCAGCAGAUAGUUGUUUAUGCUGUGGAAUCCAAACACCAGCAGACUCCGCAGAUCAACCCAAAUGAAUGUUCUGUAGAAGGGCCACAAGUAACCGAACCUGAAGAAUCAAUGAAGACUGAAGAGCAAGAAGAGGUUGUAUGUCAAGGAAAGGAAUCGUGUAAGGAGUACAUAAAGAGCUUCUUGGCUGCAAUCCCAAUAAGGGAAUUGCAGGCAGAUCUAAAGAAAGGUUUAGCUUCAUCAACGCUUCUCCAUCACCGAUUACAGAUUGAAUUUCAUUUCACACAGUUGCAACAUCCAGCACCCGAAACUCGAGCAAUAGAAGUAGCCACGGUCACACCCAUGCCCUAAGUAGUUGAAGUUGCAAUAACUGAUGCUGUCGCAUUGAUAUCUAAUUACUUACUGUAAAUUUUAGGAGAAGUGUGAUUAUUUUCUAACAUGUUUUUCUCUUUAACAUGGUAUGUCAUCAGGUGAAUGGUUCAAAAAGAGGAGAGCCCAUUUGAUCUCGUUCACUGCUUUCUGUUGUUUUCUUUAUUAGAUAUAUCCUGGACUACAUUGAAAUCAUCCUUUCUAAUGUUUGUUUCUGUCUGUCUGUCUGUUCUUGGAUUGUGUGCCAUCUCAUUUUAUUUUGCCUUUCCAAGAAAG